CACGACAUGGAGCCAGGAAACCAAACCACUAUUUCAGAAUUUACUCUCCUGGGGCUCUCUGAAGAGGAAGAGCUGCAGCCUCUCCUGUUUUGGGUGUUCCUAUCUCUGUACCUGGUCACCUUCAUUGGAAAUCUUCUGGUCACCUUGGCCAUUAUCACUGAUUCUCACCUCCACAUGCCCAUGUACUUCUUCCUCUCCAACCUGUCCUUUGCUGACAUCUGUUUCACCUCCACCACCAUCCCAAAGAUGCUGGUGAACAUCCAGACACAGAGCAAGGUCAUCACCUAUGCAGGCUGUCUCACCCAGAUGUAUUUUUUCAUGCUCUUUGGAGGAUUAGACAACUUCCUCUUGACAGUGAUGGCCUAUGACCGGUUCGUGGCCAUCUGUCACCCCCUGCACUACACGGUCAUCAUGAAUCCCACAUUCUGUGGCAUCUUGCUUCUGGCAUCCUGGUUGUUGAGUGUUCUGGAUGCUCUAUUACACUGCUUAAUGGUUUUGCAACUGUCUUUUUGUACGGAGUUGGAAAUCCCUCACUUUUACUGUGAACUUAAUCAGGUGAUUCAAUUGGCAUGUUCAAAUACCUUCCUCAACAACCUAGUAAUAUAUUUGGCAAGUGGACUUGUGGGUAUUAUUCCACUCACUGGGAUCCUGUUCUCUUACUCUAAAAUUGUAACAUGUAUUUUAAGAAUUUCAUCAGCUGGGAGCAGGUAUAAAGCAUUUUCUACAUGCAGGUCUCACCUGUCAGUUGUCUCAUUGUUCUAUGGUAUGGGACUUGGAGUGUGCCUUAGUUCAGCCUCUUUCCAAAACUCCAGGGCAAGCGCGAUUGUCUCAGUGAUGUAUACUGUGGUCACGCCCAUGCUGAACCCCUUCAUCUACAGUCUGAGAAACAAGGACAUAAAGCAGGCCCUGCAGAAGCUCCACAGACAUUUGGAAUGUCACUAG